GAUUGACUGAAUUGAGCCCUACGACCCUCAAUCUCCCCCGCACGCCCGCGCCGCGGUUUCUAUGGCCUGGGGCGCCCUGCGCAGCCGUGUCCUUCCGCUCCCGGCACCCGCCGCCACCGCCGCGCCCCACGGUCUCUUCCUACGCUUCCUUCUCUCCACCGCGGUCCCGCACCACGGGCACCACCACCGGCGCCGCCGCCUCGCCCCCACGGCCUACGCCGCCGCCGCGGCAGCUGCGGCUGAGGCGCCGCUCCCCAUGACGCCGCGCUUCGGGCGGGCCACGCGGCAACCCGGUGGCGCCGCCUCGGUGGCGCGCGUCUACGCCGACGCUAACGCCCAGCGCCCCAAGGAGUACUGGGACUACGAGUCGCUCGACAUCCAGUGGGGGAAGCAGGAUGGGUACGAGGUGCUGCGGAAGGUGGGGAGGGGGAAGUACAGCGAGGUGUUCGAAGGGUUCCGGGCCGGGAGCGAUGAGAGAUGCGUCAUUAAGAUCCUGAAGCCCGUGAAGAAGAAGAAGAUAAAGAGGGAAAUAAAGAUACUUCAGAACUUAUAUGGAGGGCCUAACAUUGUAAAACUACUUGAUAUUGUCAGAGAUGAUGAAUCAAAGACACCUAGUCUGAUCUUUGAACAUGUCAACAACACUGACUUCAAAGUACUCUACCCUGCGUUAUCUGAUUAUGAUAUCAGAUACUAUAUUUUUGAAUUAUUGAAGGCACUAGAUUACUGUCAUUCACGCGGUAUAAUGCACCGAGAUGUCAAACCCCACAAUGUCAUGAUUGACCAUGAAAAACGUCAGCUUCGUCUUAUUGAUUGGGGUCUUGCAGAGUUCUAUCAUCCCAAGAUGGAAUACAAUGCUAGAGUUGCUUCAAGAUGCUACAAGGGUCCUGAACUACUUGUGGAUUUGUUAGAUUAUGAUUACUCAUUGGAUUUGUGGAGUCUUGGUUGCAUGUUCGCAGCAAUGAUAUUCCGAGUGGACCCUUUCUUUAGUGGCCAGGAUAAUUAUGAUCAAUUAGUGAAAAUAGCUGAGGUUCUUGGCACAGGAGACCUGUAUAACUACCUUGAAAAAUAUGGCCUCCAGCUUGACCCACAGCUUGAAAGACUUAUUGGAAGACAUAAUAGGAAACCAUGGCCCAAGUUUGUGAAUGCUAGGAACAGACACCUUGCAACACCUGAGGCUAUUGAUUUGGUAGAUAAACUCCUCCGGUAUGAUCACCAGAAAAGGCCUACAGCCAAGGAAACCAUGGCUCACCCGUAUUUCAAUCCAGUAAGAAGCCCCGAAAGCAAGACGAAUUCACAAUAGCUAAUUAGCUAUAAGGUGCACAAAGGUGCACAUUUUUUUUCACCCCCAAGUUGCCUGCAAGGCAAAUGUGGCAUAUUUGACGGUCUUUCCCUUUUGAAGUAGAGUGAAAGAUGUAGAGAAAUACUUGAUACUAAGGUUAUGCUUACCCAUCCUCUUACCCAUCCUCUUACCCAUAUUUAAAUUCCAUUCUGCGAACAAUAAGUCUACGUUGCAAAAUAGUAUUUUGGAUGACCAUGAGUGAACUGCUGGCAGUUGCAUUC